AUGGAUAUGGACAGCGAACAAAUCAACCAGAAAAGUCGAUCGCGGCGGACACAUCGCAAAUCUCGUCUUGGAUGUGGGAAUUGCAAGAAGCGCCGCGUCAAGUGCGAUGAAAAGAAACCAAGUUGCAAUAACUGCUUGUUGCACUCUAUCAGCUGUGACUUCCAAAUUCCAUCCUCCAGGUCCCCUUCAGCCGGCUCAACGCCACCACAACGGUACCAAUUCCGGCAGUCAAAAUACCAGACACUAGCACCUUCGCCAUCACAGGAUGAAGAUAAUUGCCGCUCUAUCGCAGUACAAUGCGAUCCCCCUUCUCCUCCAACCAGUCACUUGGUGACGGCUCCAGGAGGGGGAAUCUCCCUAGAGGACCUCCAUCUCUUCCACCACUUCACCACAGCAACCUCAAGUACAAUGGCAAAUGAAGCAAAAGACCCCCAAAAGGUCUGGCAAAUCCAUGUCCCUCAAUGGGGCAUGUCAUUUCCCUCAAUCCUGCAUCUCCUCCUCGCACUAUCGGCACUCCAUCUUGCAUAUCUGAACCCCGCCAGACGGGGAACGUAUACGCGUCAAGCAGACGAGCAUUUUAUGUUCGGCGUGCGCUCUGUUACGGCUGUUCUUGCUCUGGAUACGCUGAACUCGCAGAGCUGUCAGUAUAUCUAUAUAGCAGCCAUCAUGAUUUGUUUUGCGUAUUUUGCGCGCGGCCCGCGUGACGGCGAGUACUUGGUGUUCAAUGCCAAUGGAAAGUCAGAGUGGUUAGUACUACUACAUGGGGUGCGGUCGAUAUUAGCCCAGAAAAGUGAGGAGAUCUUCACUGGCGUGCUAGAACCGCAUAAUGAGAGCCCAGGUUUAGAUAUCGACAUGCGCGCCCCUGGGCUGGACGAGGAAUUGUCUCGGCAUAUCCAGCGCCUUCAAGAAGUCAGGGAAAUGGCUAAUCCCGAGACAGAAAGAAACAGGGAAGUCUAUGUUGGCGUUGUGGAUAACUUGGUUGAGUGCUUUGAGGAAGCAUACCGGCGACGGAGGACCGGGUACCACCCAACGGACCUGAUGCCGUACGCUAUGGGAUGGACGUUUCGACUCCCUGAUAUGAUGAUCACGAAGCUGGAAGAAAAGGAGCCGAUUGCGCUAAUUAUUCUUGCGCAUUGGGCUAUCCUGCUACGGUAUAUGAGAGGCUGUUGGUUUAUGGAACGGUGGGACCAGCAUAUCGUCUUGGGGAUCAAGGCGUGCCUCCCUGAGGCGUAUCAUGCGUGGGUUGAAUGGCCGGAGGAGAUUGUUGCUUAUGUGCCCUAA